GCGGUGCUGGCCGUCGUGAAUCGUGAUUCUUCUCGACGUCACUCACCACUUCAAUGUUCACCGAGUCACCGUCCUGCCUGCUGCUCUCUGUGACCGACCGAAGUCGACGAUACAAAGCAAGGUCACCAGAACUCUUUCUUUCUUCACAUCAUCCCGUCCUGUGACAGGAUACUUAUGCGCUGCGGCACAUACACACACUGUAGCAGCGUGCAUCGGUACCUUACACCACCUUGACUUGACGUUUGGUUGCCUUCUCCCUCCUCUUCUCCGCCUACCCUACAGUUUAACCUUCACCUAGUCCAUUUCCGUCGCAUUCCAGUUGCUUGGUUUAACGACAUCUCACUCAGCCUCAUCUCUCCAGGGCUAUUUGCUGGACUAUCAAAGAACAUACCCAUCUCCCCUGUUCUUCUAUACAUCCUGUACCCGCAGAACAGUUACCUCUGAUCUCACGCGCCUCAGCUGAUAGUUCCGUUUUCACCACUUAUCCCCGUGUAUCGGUGCCUUAUCGUGACUCCUCUACACGGUAUUAGCCUAUGCGCCCCUUGCUUUUGAGCGACUUGAAGCCUGGAGUCGACUUCGCGGUAAACAAAGAACCAGUUAUCAGUUGCCAUUAAGAAUUGGCCGAGUCCCCCCGCUGUCAACAAUCAAAUCAAACCAGGACACCUACAAGAAGCACUGUUGCCUAAGUGCACACACACCAACCAACAAUCCCGACGUCUUGGAUCUUUACGCUCCAUGUUAUCGCGAUCCCAUCUCUAUAAAACCUUGACUUCGCAACUUUCAUCAUAGCUUCCCCACGAGCUCAUUCCAUGGUGUUUAUGUAACCAUGUCGGGACGUCAACCACCAGGGCAGCCGCCCAAUGUAUCGAGUUCGUGGCGCAUGGUCGAGGGAGGCGAGAAUGAUAGCUUCGACACCUCAUUGAUGCCCGACGACUAUGAUGGCAACGAUAUGAUCCUGUCCAGCCAAAGCGAUCACUCGCAUAUAGAGGGGAGCCAGCCCUUCAGUUUGGACGGAUCUCAGCCAUUCAGUAUAGGAGGGUCACAGGACGAGAGUCUCGAGAGUUUCCUACACAGAGCCGAGGACGACGAUCAAGUCAUCAUGAGAACUCCCUUCCGGCCUUCAAUUCCACAAUCUGUCCGGCACGCUUCUCGCGAAAACAUGAGACACCGGAUCCAGCCAUCACCACAGGAGUUUUACAUGCCCAUGGUCGAUGUAGAUAGCAGACUUGUCGACAGCCGACGAUCCAGUGCACGGUCGUCCAUGACAGUGCGACAGUUUCCGCCUUCGCUGCCUGGUCUACGCCACCGACAAACACAUCGUUCCGGCCGUCACCCAUCAACAGACUUCCGUAAGGAUCAUCAUUCGUCAGGGGAGGAGACCGAAGUCAAUGCGGAUAUUGAGGAGAGGGUCGAAGAAAUGAGGAGGUCUAGACUUGGGACAUCAAAACGACAACAGGCGCCAGAGAUUCAGGGGUUUUUUGACCGAUUUUUCGACUCGGUACCGGAUGCCGUUUUCAACACUUUUUCUUGGGCCUUGGGAGUCGUUGGCCUUGCGUUCAAAUAUGCGCAAAAACCCAUCGCCAUUCUGGCAGCUGUGUAUCUCAUCUUUGGACUCCUUUCGAUGGUCCAGAACAUGGCGACAUUAUCCCUCUAUACGGCCUUAUCACCAGUAUGUCGUGUACCAGGCGCAAAAUGGCUCAACCUGCCAUUCUGUCUCGAUAUGUCCGCGAAAACAAACACGCACAUCCAGUUCGACCCUGUGAUAGAGAUUCAGGAUCGCUUUGAGGGGGUUCUAGAAAAAGCUGCCGAAAGUGCUUCGCUGCCUUUGGAGAUGAAGCGCUCCGAGCUAGCCAUCCGUGACCUGCGUACCAUGGUUCGCUACAGCCAGCUUCACGGCAAAGAACAACUGAUACUUGAAUUUGACGGGUACAUCGACGCCGCUAGCUCGGCAACUUGGGAUCUUCAAAGGUUCAACACCCGCGUGGGAUCAACAAUAGAUUCCAUAAUCAGCGUCAACCGAUGGACAUCUCGGUACAUCGAUGAACUAUCAGAUGACAUGAAGCACCGCGGCAUCUUGGGCGAGUGGUGGGACUGGGUCUUCUCCCCCUUUCAGCCAUCCACCUACACGGAGCGCAAGCUUCUGGACCAGUACAUCGACCACACGAUCCGCGUCUCGGACAAAAUUGCCAACCUGAUAAGGGAAGCGCAAGCCGUCCUGAUUACGUUGCAGAGGGCGGAAGACCACCUCGAAGUCAUAUACGAUUUCGUGACUAGAACUCAGGAACACAUACAGGCAAAGAAGGAGGAGGUCUUUUGGGAAUUGUGGACCUACAUCGGCAUCAAAUCCGAGAACCGCAAGAGCUACAACAACCAGCUGGCGCUGCUUAGGAAGGUUGAGGACCAGCGCUCGGAAGCCGUGAAACAGGUCAGCGAACUCAUUGUUGAGCUGCAGAACAUUCAGGUCAGCCUGAACGGGCUAAGAGACCGGGUUGGAGAGCCGGAGGUGGCGAGGGAUGCUGGUCUUGAGAUACCGCUAUAUGUACAUGUCGAAACUAUUGAUAGGGGAGUUGAAAGGCUGGAAUCGGCGAGGAAUAAGAUAAGGGAUGUCGAGAAUGAGCGUGUGCGGGAGGCGUUGGCUAGGGGGAAAGAGGAGUUGCCGGAGUUGGAGGCAAAGGCGUACAAUAGACGUAUUCCUGGUCUUGGUUGGUAGACAAUGUCAAGGUCGCAAAUGGCAGGUUACAUAUGUUGGAGCAGGAUGAGAGUAUUCCUCGAAGCGUUCUACAUGUACUUUCAUAUCUCAGGGGUAGUUUGGGAGUCGGGGGAGUUUGGAGUUCAAAUUUCACACAUUAGCUUGCUG